UUACUCGUUUAUCACGAUGCCGGGGUGCGCCGCAAACACCAGCAGACGCUUUAUAACCUCUACCAAACAAUAUGCGUGUGUGGUGUGUGUCACUGUCAUCAUCGCCGCCGCACCGUCUGUUAUCGCAGCGGCUUUUGACGUUCGCUGCAGCCUGCCUCUGCACAAUUAUGUUUAUCGAGCGGAUCUAGCGUUGUAUUAAAGUGCACAAAAAAAUUAAAAGCAUGUCGUCGUCGUCGGAAAAGUACAGCGAGCAGAGCAUCGAGAAGCUGUUCCAGGAACAUUCCAUACGCGAGAUCGAGCAGAUACAGAAGAAGAUACAGUAUGAGAGCGAUCGUAAACAAAUCGAGCUGCGCACACUUGUCGGGGAGAGGUAUCGCGACCUGAUCCAGGCCGCGGACUCGAUCGCCGAGAUGAAGCAGACCUCAGAGUGCGUCACCGACAAGAUCAGCCGCAUACAGCAGACCUUUCAGGAGCUCCAGCAAAAGUACCUGAUCGGCUUUAAGAUGGACGUCGAGCAGUACGAUCCUCACAAAGAAACCAGCUCGAUAUCCGACUCUGUAGUCAUUCAGAUUAAAAUAUUAAUGGACAUUCCAGAGCAGAUUUGGUCGGCCAUCGACGAGAAGGACUUCCUGGUGGCCACUCAGCUGUUUUUAAUAGCGCAACACAUCAAGUUCAGCUUGAGCUUCGAGGUCGGUGAACAGGACUUGACCAGCAAGUAUCCCAUUGUGUUCAAGCAGUGGGGUAUCAUCAAUCAGUUCAAAAAUUUGAUUCUCACUUGUUGCAACGAUGCCUUGCUGUCUGUGGAACUUACUAUUCAGACUGCCGCUAACUGCCUUGCUGCCUUAGUAUUACUAGAUGGCCUGAAUUCAGCUACACUAUUGGAUAGGCUUAUAUCGUUAAGAAGUCAAACUUUGCAAUCAAUUUUUACAUCAGAAAGUGAUCUUAGCGUUAAAAGUAGAAUAAAACUAGGUUUAACUCUUUUGAUAGAAACUAUACCACUCAUUGCCUGUUGUUUUAUAUAUCAUAACGAUGAAACUAGCGGUCUUGUUUCAUUGUCCAUAAAUGGAAUCAAAGAUACAGAUGCUUAUAGCAUGUUGUCCAAGCUGGAUUUCAACACGGAUCUAUUGAAUACAUUUUUGCCAACAAUUACAAAAACUCACAAACCAUUUGUUCAGCAUGAACUGGAAAAUCUUGAACUGUCCGAGGUACAAGAGAAAAUGGCCAAAUGGUUGCAGUGGGUAAAGGAUGUAACGAGAACCGAAGUAACCCAGUUACUCAAUCUAAUCACUUCGAUCAAGGGAGUAUACAGUAUUCGAGAAGAAUGUCUUGCUAUCAAUAUUCCUGAUAAUUGGGAAUUCAUUUGGGAAAUAUUUGCUCAACCAAGUAUUAAUUUCUGGUCAGAAUUUUUUCAUCCACUCUUGACGGAGAGGGUGAAGCGUAUUUUAGAUCAUAAAAUGAACGUUUGCUCGUCGAAUUUGAAACAGACCACGUCACAAGUAUUGAACGAAGUCUCAUCCGGUGACAAAUCGGAGGCCGAUUUAAGAAAAUUCAUGUGGAGCGACAAACCCACGAAAUUGGAUCUCUCUCGUUACAGUCUGCUGAGAAUGGGCACCGUGGACACGAAAAGCCCGCUACUCAUGAAAGCCAAAGGCUACUCGCCGAACGUGAUAAAAUUGUGCGACAGAUUGGAUGCCGACCUCGCGGACGUUCUCAAUCAUCUGAAGCAGUACCUGUACGAGGUCGAGCAAUCGAUAGGACUGAAGGACGAUCUGCUGGCCGCUGACAUCUAUCUGUCGGCCAAUAAAUUCUGCGACCGCGGCGAGAUACAGGACUACCUGCAAACCAUCAGCAGCAAGCUCGUCGACGACUUCGUGCAGUACGCCAAGAGCAACUACGUCAACGACGAGCCGAGAUGUGGCGCUCAAGAGGUCAACGUGCUGGUACUGGCGAGAUUCUUGGAGGCCGCGCCGCAGCAGUGCACCAAUCUCAAGGAGUGCUUCGCGAUCUCGAGAUCGGCGGGCAUCGCCCUCACGAGCAUGAAGUGGCAGGAGAUCUACGACAGGCUCGGGGCUGAGAGCACGGCCAUGUGGCUGAUCUGGGCCAAGUGCUUCGCCAAGCAGGUGGCCAAGCACAGGCAGUCGCGUCUACUGGAGCAGAGCACCGAGAACCUGAUGGGCAGCAUGAUCGUCGCAGAGUGGGAGACGAUCAAGAUCGAGGAGGAGGCCGAGGAGGGCAAGAAGAUCACCUCGGAGAUCUCGAUACCGUAUUAUCUGACCUGUCACGUGGACUCGUAUCUGUCGGCCGUCAACGCGGAUCUCAAUAAAAUUCUACCCCACACCAUACCCAAAGCCGCCAAGAACGAGAUGAUCAACGCGGUCGCCGGCGAGCUACUCGAUUACUUCUCCACCCUGGCCAGCAACGAGUCGGUCAAGGUGCGCCAGCGCCAGGCCAUACAGAUACUGUUCGACGUCAAGUACGCGACGCUGCUCAUGGUGCCGCGCGAGAACAAGCCCCUCACGGAAAAAUCGGCCAAGAUCUGCGCGAGCUUCGUCGCCAAGAUCGAUCCGUUCGACUUCGACGUCUUCAUACCGUUCAUCAACGCGAACGUCAAGAAGGCGGUGCAGAGAUCGCUGAUGACGUAUGGAAACCUCGUGCCGCACAUGGAGCAGUUGCACUCGAUUCUGGGCGCGCGAAUCGAUCAUUCGGACGGGCAGCAGCAGCAGCAGAACCAACAGCAGCAGAGGAGCGAUCCACCGAAAAUAAUAGAUUUUGUCAAGGACGUGCCGUACUUUCCGCUGCUGCCCAUCGCCAAACCGACGACCAAAGAGACAGCCGCUAGCGGUGCCGCUGGUACUACUGCCGGCGCUGGUAGUGCCUCUGUCGCCGCUGGCCAAUCGACGUCCGACAAUACCCAGCAGAAGAGAAGAGCAGCGGCCGUCAAGGAGCACUCGCGCAACGACUCGACCGGCUCGAGCAUCAAAUCCGGCGCUGCGGCAUUUUUCGCCAUGGGAAGCGACUGGUUCAGCGGCGGCGGCUCGUCCAGCUAGUUUUUUUUUAUUUCAUCUAUCAUAAGGUACAAAAAAAGAAAAAAAAGAAAAGAAACGAUGGAGGAUUGUGUACAUAUAG